GUAGCUUACGAGAUCUACCUGUGGGUUCAUGGAAAGAGGUACGACACGCAUUAAGGGCAGUCGGCUUGCUUUCGGUUUAAUUUAUUUGUCGAAGUUUGAGGACGGCUGGUUAAAAAAAAUCUGUAGGGUACAUUCGUGGGCCAAGAUUAACACCAGGUUGAACAACCUUUUUGAGCUGUCCGGACUUCCGGAAGAGAUUCGUGAGACAGACCGCGACAUUUCCCCCAUAUGGUACCCUGAGGGCUCAGUUUAGCAUCAGGUAACCAACAAAGCAGACAACAGAGGGCGGUCUGGGUCGAGUGUUGUCCCUAUGGAGAACAACCCGUCCUGGACCAGUGGUCCCAUUGAUGAAGGGCCAUACCAAGAGCGCUCUGUCGACCCUGUCGAGAUUGAGAUCCAAAGUUAUGGAGUACGACACAAAGUUAACAAGGAUGCCAAUGGAAAUACAACUGGGCCAGAGACUGUAAGCUUUCUCCCUGCUAAAGAGGAGCAUGUUUCUGGGUCAUGUAUGUGUGGACCUUGCGCUACUGUGGGUAGCUGCAGGAAGCUUUUUUGUAGUGUGUUGACUUGUGGAUUGUACCGCAUAUGCCGACGUUUGCCUUGCCUCGUUACGAAUGAAAGCGCAGCGGUCAAUACGCAGACAGAGAUCCAGCCAACCUCUUCACAGGUUCAGGAGAGCUUCUAUCCCGACAUCCGCAUUGGGGGGGUCAAGGUUGACAUAUCUGUGAUUGAAGAUGAUGAUGGGUUUGAUUCUGUUUCCCCUUCUACGUUUGAAAUGAAUAGUUUGAACUACAAGAGUGAGUUACUGAAAGAUGAUUUAGUCAAUGGUAAAAAGAUGGAAGAUGUGGAUCAACUCAUCACCCAGAAACUUAUGGAGGUCUUCUCUGAGUUUGAGAUCAACGAGUUGGCCAAGUGCACCACAGACUCCAUGUUUCUGCAGCGGUCCCGGGAAAUCAGUCAGCUGAUCUCAGAUAUUGUGCAGGAGCACAACAUGGAGGAGAAGGAAGCCGAGUGCAGGCUGGUUCGAGAGAUUAUUCGCAUAAGUACACGGAAAAGUAAGAAGAGGCCCCAAAUCAAACAGCCGGAAUUGCAGCGGGACAGUGGCAAUGACACCUGGAACAGUAAAGGCAUGAGCCAGAAGAGCAGCUUCAAUUCCAUGAGUGGUCAAAAUUUGCAGAUUUCUUUGGAGAGGUCUGAUGACAUAGAAGCCAGGAAAUUUCGCAACAACAGUAACCAGUCAUUCUCUCGGAGUUUCCAGGAAACUGGAGUGCCCAUUACAUCGGAUACACCUUUACUAUACAGCCGCAUUCAGGCAUGAGAAUAUCCUUUCAGACCGUACAUACGUAAUUAUUUUUAAACGUCCAUUUAUAAUGAAUCCAUCUCUGUGAAGAAUGUAUCCUCUGGCUUCCACUGUAGUGAGGAUGAUUUUGAAGUAAACCCUUAAAAAUUGUGAGUUGUUUAGUGCAUCUCAAAAUGUAGUUGUAUUUAUGCUUGUUAUUCAUAUUUUUGUCCUUUGUUUUUUUUUUUUUUUUUUUUGAGGAUGUGUGAAGUAUCUGAAUGUUGCAGUCAAGGUGACACAUUGACUUUGCUUGACUUGUGAAAAACUGUAUGACCUCUUUCUAACCAACAUAUGAAUAUAUACUGUACACUUAAAAAAAUUCUAUGCUCAAUUAGU